CUCCCUGUCCCUCUGUCCCUCCCUCCUUCCCUGCAGCAGCCCGGGAGAAGAUGCUGCGCUUGGUCAGCCGUGCUGCCCGCUGCUGGGGGGCAAAGCGGGCACCCCCGGGGCCGGAGAGGGCACCCCGGGGGGCCCAGCACCCCAUGGCUGUGCAGAAGGCGUGCCUCUCCAGUGCUGCAGGGACGGGCACCUGGCCCAAGGACGUGGGCAUCCUGGCACUGGAGGUGUACUUCCCAGCCCAGUAUGUGGAGCAGGAGGAGCUGGAGCAGUACGAUGGGGUGGAGGCUGGCAAGUACACCCGGGGCUUGGGCCAACAGCAGAUGGGCUUCUGUGCUGCUCAUGAGGACAUCAACUCCUUGUGCCUGACCGUGGUGCAGCGGCUGGUGGAGCGUGGGCACCUCUCCUGGGGUGACAUUGGCCGCCUGGAGGUGGGCACAGAGACCAUCAUUGACAAGUCCAAGGCUGUCAAGACCGUCCUCAUGCAGCUCUUCCAUGACUCGGGCAACACUGACGUGGAGGGCAUCGACACCACCAACGCCUGCUAUGGGGGCACAGCCUCACUCUUCAAUGCAGCUGCAUGGGUAGAGUCCAGCGCCUGGGAUGGUCGCUACGCAGUGGUUGUGUGUGGGGACAUUGCUGUCUAUGCCACGGGGAACGCACGGCCCACGGGAGGUGCUGGAGCCAUCGCCAUGCUGGUGGGACCCAACGCCCCCCUGGUGCUGGAGAGAGGUCUCCGGGGAACUCACAUGGAACAUGCCUAUGAUUUCUACAAGCCAGACCUGUCCUCUGAGUACCCAGUGGUGGAUGGGCAGCUCUCCAUCCAGUGCUACCUGCGGGCACUGGACCGCUGCUACGCCGUGUACCGACGGAAGGCAGAGAGCCAGUGGCAGCAGGCUGGCAUCCAGAGGCCCUUCACCCUCGAUGACUUCAAGUACCUCAUCUUCCACACACCUUUCUGCAAGCUGGUGCAGAAGUCAGUGGGGAGGCUGCUGCUGAAUGAUUUCCUGGCCUCCCCCAACCCUGACACAGCCACUGGCAUCUACAAGGGGCUGCAGCCCUUCCGUGGUGUGAAGCUGGAGGACACCUACACCAGCAAGGAGGUGGAGAAGGCAUUUCAGGCAGCCAGCCAGGAGAUCUUCAACCAGAAGACCAAGCCCUCCCUGCUUCUCUCCACCCGCAAUGGCAACAUGUACACUCCAUCCAUGUAUGGCUGCCUGGCUUCCCUCCUGGCACAAUCCUCAGCACAGGACCUUGCUGGCUCCCGGAUCGGGGCCUUCUCCUAUGGCUCUGGGCUGGCUGCCACCAUGUUCUCCCUCCGCGUCUCCCAGGAUGCGACCCCGGGUUCCCCCCUGGAUAAGCUGCUCUCCAGCCUGGCUGAGCUGCCAGCUCGCCUGGAUGCUCGCAAGCGCAUGGCCCCCAAGGACUUCGCCGAGAUCAUGAAGCAGAGGGAGGAGACCCAUCACUUGGCCAACCAUGCCCCCCAUGGCUCCCAGGAGGAUCUGUUCCCCGGCACCUGGUACCUGACACGGGUGGAUUCCAAGUACCGCCGGGAAUACGCCAGGAAGCCCCUCUAGGAGGACCAGAGGGAUGGGAAACCUCACCUUGGAUGAAUGGCUGGGAAGCAGCUGGCAGUGCCUCAGGCCCCAGGGAUGGUGGAGCUGGUGGAGCCAGCAGCAUUUUCUGUGAACACCCAGGCAGGGUGGGGGAAUAAAGGCAAGGAUCAGAGAGGGCAGCAGUUGGACUCUGGCUCCUGGUUCUGAGUGGU